UCUGCAGACCUACAGCUGCGUCAGUCCCUGAUCAGAGCCCGGAGUUCAGCUUCAUACGCUGCGCAGAGACCCUCAGAGUCCAUCAUGAAGUCUCAGCACAAAUGCAUUAUGAUCUUUGCGCUGGUGUGCUGCUGUGCUGUGCUGAUAGCACUAAUAUUCUCUGCUGUAGAUGUGUGGGGGGAUGACGAGGACGAUAUCGCUGAAGGAAAAUGUACCUGCCGCGUUGUGCUUGUUGAGAAUAUUCCUGAAGAUCUGUCCAUUCCACAUGAGGACACAGUUUCACUGGCCGCCGGUCUCCGUGAGCUUUUGGAUAAAGCACAUCGAUCUGUUGAGAUCGUGUCACCAUGGUGGGCACUGAACUCUACCGAGUAUGAGUCAAAACCUACCCAGGUCAAGCAGGGUCAGAUCUUACUCCAUCAGUUGAUGAGACUGCAGUCUCGGUCAGUCAGUUUGAAGGUGGUCAGUGGACUAACUAAUUCUUCGGAGCUCAAGGCACUCACUAAGAGUGGUGCAGAGGUGCAUUACCUGAACAUGAAAGCCCUCAUUAAAGGUCAGCUCAACUCCUCCUUCUGGGUGGUGGACAGGAAGCACAUGUACAUAGGAAGUGCUGGAAUGGAUUGGAGGUCACUGUCUACGAUGAAGGAGUUGGGCAUCAUUAUUUAUAACUGCAGCUGUCUGGUGUCGGACCUGCACAAGAUAUUCAGCCUCUACUGGCAACUGCAAUAUAAAGACUUUUUGCCGUCAAUAUGGUCCAAGAAACUGAACGCUCUCUAUAACAGAGACAACAACCUUCAACUGCAUCUGAAUGACACUGAAGCAAAAGCAUACUUUUCAAGUUCUCCAGAUGUUUUUUGCACAAAAAAACGGACAAAAGACCUCGAGGCCAUUAACAGAGUCAUCCAAGAGGCUGAGACAUUUAUCUACAUCUCCAUAACCAACUAUCUACCAAUGCUCAACCACAGCCAACCCAGGUACUGGUCACGCAUUGACAACAUGCUCCGAGAAGCCUUGAUUCUGAAAAAAAACAUCAAAGUACGCCUGUUAAUAAGCCGUUGGGAGCAGACUGAGCCGCUGACGCUGAACUUCCUGUGGUCUCUCAAAGCACUGUGCACAGAGUCAGUCAGCUGCUCAGUGGAGGUGAAGUUCUUCAUUUCACAGAAGCAGAGCAAUGGACAACUCUAUGGAAUGAAUCAAAACAGAUACAUGGUGACAGACAGAUCUGUGUAUAUAGGGAAUUUAAACUGGGUGGGCAACGAGUUUGUCUACAGCGCCGGUGUUGGUGUGGUGAUCAGUCAGCAGGUGGACCAGAACAACUCGACUGUAGUUGAACGGAUGAAAGCUGUCUUUGAGCGAGACUGGCAUUCCCACUACAGUAAAACACUCCAGCCAGACAGGAUCCCAGCAUGCAGCAAGCACACGGUCAAAGAGCAGCCUGCGGCAAGCGGUUCUCUCUGAAAACUUGUUUGAAAAUCGCAUGCAAAUCUUAAACUUAUCAAUCAAUUUGUUGGCUGUUUCCUUUCAGUUGUACCAAACACUUUGAGUUCACACAGCAAGCAAGACUUUAUAUCGAAACCAUGUUUUGAAGGUAAUAACUACUUUGCUAUAUCGUUUGGCCCUGAUUUCACCUGGAAUUAAGAUGCAUUUUCAUGAUGCAAUCACAAGUGGUGCUAUCAGACUCAGAGCUGUCGUCUUUAUUCGUUUCAUUCGCCUCCUUUAGCCUAUUGCUUGGAAGCAAGGUAACAUGGUUUGUCUGCUUUGACUGUAUGUGUGCACAUUACUCUGCACUCCCAUGAUUAUAAGUGCUCACAGGAGAUGCAUUUGAGACACAAACAUCUCGGAUGGUACACACAAAUGCAUCUUAAUGCCACAUGGAAAUGUUAUAUGAAUUGUUUUAAGAUGUUUGUCUCUGCUCAAGUGUUGCGCUGAGACUUUCUGUUCUAAAAAGAAAAAACUUUUUACCUUUAUUAAGGGAAAAAAUGUUUUCAAUUUCACUUUCAUUUUUGUAUUCAUAAAAUUUAGAAUGUGCUUCCCGAUAUUUUUAAGCAUAAAAUGGUGAGGCAUGUUUAAUAUGCAUUAUCAAGCACUGUAUUUGAAAGUUAAUUUCAUAAAUCAUUUUUACAGGCAUGUUUUUACAAAAUCUUUCUACAAAUGUUCAUAUAUCUUGAUUUGUUUUGCUGAUUCAGUAUAUAUCUGCAAGGUGAUUUAUGAUAUGCAAAUAGUGUAUGCUGUUCUGUGUCAGCCGCACCACAUACGCUGUGUGCGUCCAGUGGAUAUUCUUCAAAAUGGCGCUACGCUGACGUGGAGGAGACAAAUUGUUGAAUAAAGUUAUUAUUUUUGUUUUCUUUGCGUGCAAAAAGUAUUCUCAUCGCUUCAUAAAGUUCAGAUUGAACCACUGAUGGCAGAUGGAGUAUUCUGACGAUGUCUUUCAUACUUUUCUGGGCCUUGACAGUGUAAUUUACAUGGCAGUCAACGGGACAGUCACAAACCUCCCGGUUUUCAUCCAAAAUAUCUUGAAUUGUGUUUGAAGAUGAACGAAGCUUUAAGGGUUUGGAACGACAUGGGGGUAAGUGAUUAAUGACAACAUUUUCAUUUUGGGGUGGAGUAACCCUUUAAAGGGUUUGGGGGCAGUCGUGGCCUAAUGGAUGGAGAGUUGGACUUGUAACCCAAAGGUCGUGGGUUCGAGUCUCAGGUCCAGUAGGGAUUGUAGGUGGGGGAGUGAAUAACCAGCGCUCUCUCCACCCUCAAUACAGGUGAGACCCUUGAGCAAGGCACCGAACCCCCGACUGCUCCCUGGGCGCCUCGGGUGUGUGUUCACGGUGUGUGUGUGUGUUUGUUCACUACUCACUGCUGUGUGUGUGCACUUGGAUGGGAUAAAUGCAGAGCACAAAUUCCGAGCAUGGGUCUCCAUACUUGGCCACACGUCACGUCCUUUCCUUUCCUUAUAUAUCACAAACCUCUUUAGCAUGAAUACAAGCAUGCAAUGCCUAAACUCUAGAAACAUAACCAUGAAAAUACUAUUCAGUAUAUAUCCACUUAACACCAGCCUCGAUAACUGAAGCUGUAUUAAUACUCUUUUUUUUUUAAUCAUAGUUGUUAAUCCUCUAUGAAAUAUGCUAAUGAACGGACUUUCAUGAACUAGAUUUUAAUCGAACACCAGUGUUCACCAACAGCAUUAAACAUAGUAAAAAGAGUCUACGGUACUGUCACGUGUCUGCUUCUGUUUAGUUCUGCCCUUAUUUAGUACUUCCUGUUCUCGUUUAGUUAAUCUUUGCUCAUUUACCUGUUUUGUAUUCAUCAUCUCGUUUGCUCCUUUGUUUGCCUGCCUUUAUAAGUCUUCAGUUUCCUUUUCUUCUUUGUCCUGGAUUAAUGUUAUUUUCAAUGGUCAAUGUGUGUUGAUGCUUAUUAAAGACUCCUUUCGUUUACUCCUUC